AUGAAGCUGCCCCAGGUUCUCAUUAUUUUGCUGUUUGUGGCACUUGCAGAUGCUGCACAACCUAAAAGAUGUUUCAGCAGCAUAGCAGGCUUCUGCAGGAAGAAGUGCAGACUAGUGGAGAUAUCGGAGAUGGGGUGCUUGCGUGGGAAAUACUGCUGUGUGAAUGAGCUGGAGUACAAGAAGCACAAAAAACACGCAAUCAUUGAGCAGCCAGCCAGACCCAAAGACAAGUCAAAAGUCCAAGACUAUAUUCUCCUGCCCACCGUCACGUACUACACCAUCACUAUUCAGUGA